AUGUCUCCCUCCCCCAUCAACCAAACUAGCACAUCAGACAACCGGAGCACCCUCUCUCCGGCCAUCGCUGACGAACAGAUGACGAAGCAGGACAUCACGCUCGGCCCCAUGCCCGACGCCGAGGGCUACUUCGGCCAGUACGGCGGCUCGCACAUCCCCCCUGACCUCAAGGCGGCCAUGGACGACAUUGCCAAGGCCUACGAGGAGAUCACCAAGCGUCAGGACUUCCAGGAUGAGCUCCAGCUCCUCCAGCAGACCUACACCGGCCGCCCCUCGCCUGUCUUCCACGCCCGCCGCCUGUCCGACAAGCUCGGUGGUGCCCAGAUCUACCUCAAGCGUGAGGACCUGAACCACACCGGUGCGCACAAGAUCAACCACUGUCUCGGUGAGGCGCUCCUUGCCAAGUUCAUGGGCAAGAAGAAGGUUAUCGCCGAGACUGGUGCUGGCCAGCACGGUGUCGCUCUCGCGACUGCUUGCGCUCUCGUCGGCAUCCCUUGUGAGAUCCACAUGGGCCAGGUCGACAUUGAGAAGGAGCACCCCAACGUCACCAAGAUUCGCCUCCUCGGUGCCAAGCUCGUCCCCGUCACCUUCGGCCAGGCCACCCUCAAGGAGGCCGUCGACUCGGCCUUCCAGGAGUACCUCAAGAACCCCACCGACUACAUCUACGCCAUCGGCUCCGUCGUCGGCCCCGCCCCCUUCCCCGCCAUGGUCCGUGACUUCCAGUCUGUUGUCGGUCGCGAGGCCCGCGAGCAGUUCCAGAAGGCGUACGGCAAGCUCCCCGACCACGUCGUUGCUUGUGUCGGCGGUGGCUCCAACGCCAUGGGUAUCUUCAGCGCUUUCCUCGAGGACCGCGAGGUCGACCUCGUCGGAGUCGAGCCCGCUGGUCACGGUGUCGACGUCCCGGAGAAGCACGCGGCUACGCUCACCAAGGGCAAGCCUGGUGUCCUCCACGGCAUGGCCUGCUACGUUCUCGAGGACGACAAGGGAGAGCCGUCUGCCGUCCACUCCAUCGCCUCUGGUCUCGACUACCCGGGUGUCGGACCCCAGCACUCCUACCUCAAGGACAUCGGCCGCGUCAACUACGAGUCGGCUACCGACAAGGAGACGGUCGACGCGUUCCUGAAGCUCACCCGCCUCGAGGGUAUCAUCCCCGCGCUCGAGUCCUCCCACGCCGUUGCCUGGGCUAUCCGCAACGCUCCCAACAUGCCCAAGGACGAGACUAUCCUUGUCAACCUCUCCGGUCGCGGAGACAAAGACACUGAUUAUAUUGUAAAUGAGUUCCCGCACGUUCUGGAGUUCGAGCAGGCUCUCUAG